AAUUAAGUUUAUGUCGGUAUUGUGUGAAUAGACGGACGCAUCGAGAAUAUGAAUGCGUCUUGUAUCGCGUGAGACGCGAUGGAGUGGCGAACUGUGGUGGUGAUAGUAUUGGUCGUGAGUCUGUGUUUUUUUAUGAUACCGAUUAAAGUGGAGCCCGACAAAAAUGCAGAGGAUGCCAAAUUAUUCGAGAAUUACAUUGCGCAAUACAAUAAAUCCUACAAGAAUGAUUCUGCAGAAUAUAAAGAGCGAUUCGAGCGCUUUCUGAAAUCAUUGCGACACAUCGAAAAGAUGAACAGUCUUCGAUUGUCCCAAGAAAGCGCAUACUAUGGAUUGACGGAAUUCUCUGACUUAUCCGAAGAUGAAUUCUCACAACAAAUUCUGCUUCCUGACUUAGCUUUGCGAGGUCAAAAACAUACGACGGCGUCGUAUUAUCAUCAACAUUUUACAAACUCGGUUAAUCGCGUGAAAAGAAUAACGGGCAUACCCUCUAAAUUUGACUGGCGAGAUCGAGGGAUCGUAGGACCAGUUCGAAACCAGGAGAGUUGCGGUGCGUGUUGGGCAUUCAGUACUAUCGGGGUGGCCGAAUCCAUGUACGCCAUCAAAAACGGAACUUUGUAUCCCUUUAGCGUGCAGGAAAUGAUCGAUUGCAUGCCGGGCGAUUACGGAUGUCAGGGCGGUGAUAUAUGCAGUUUACUCUCGUGGCUGCUAGUGUCAAAGACCGGAAUAAUUUCCGAGAACGUUUACCCUCUCACAUGGCGAAAUGAUGCAUGUAGAUUGUCUAAAACUUCUGCGAAGACAUUAGAAGUUAAAAUAACGGAUUUCACAUGCGAUAGCUUUGUAAAUGCUGAAAGCGAACUUUUGACAUUGCUCGUUACUCAUGGACCUGUGGCAGUUGCGGUGAAUGCCAUAUCUUGGCAGAAUUAUUUAGGCGGUGUAAUACAGUAUCACUGUGAUGGUUCAUUUAACAAUUUGAAUCAUGCGGUACAAAUAGUGGGAUAUGAUAUGGAAGCGAGUAUACCGUAUUAUAUCAUUAAAAACUCGUGGGGUUCGGCCUUUGGCAACAAAGGUUACAUUUACAUUGCGAUCGGUAAAAAUUUAUGUGGUAUAGCUAAUCAAGUUUCGUCGCUUGAUAUUGGUUGAUUGAUCACAUCCUAAAUCCUGUUUCUAUUUUUAAGGAAAUAAAUUAGAGAGAGAGAGAGAGAGAGAGAGAAAUCAAGGAUCAAUUAAAUAUACAUAUAUAAUAUAUAUAUAUUUUUUUUUACAGAGAAAGUACAUAUUGUAAACAGAAGUAUCGUAAGACUGUAACUUAAUAAAAUGUUUUACUAGA